AUUGACCUUUGGGUGUCCCAUUCUGAUAUCCUUGUCAAUCUUGCAAUCACCAGACUCAAGACAAUAUAAUAGGUCCUCCUCGUUGGCUCCUAAAUCUAAGAAAAGAGCAGAACCAACCAAGAUGGCCAAUGUUUUAAAUCACAACUGGUUCUUCUCAGUAUUUCUUUUGAUUCUCUUGCUCCAAAUCCAAACCAAAGUGCUCUGUUUCCAGUACAAAGUUGGAGAUCUAGCUUGUUGGGGACUACCCACCUCAGCAAAUUCACAACUCUAUGGAAAAUGGUCCAAAUAUCACAAUCUCACACUUGGAGACUCUCUUUUGUUUCUAUACCCACCAAGCCAAGAUUCAGUGAUUCAAGUAACAGAGGAAUCCUUCAAGAACUGCAACAUUAAAAACCCAAUUUUGUUUAUGAGCAAUGGGAACUCUUUGUUUAACAUUACAACAUCAAAAGGAGAUUUCUACUUCACAAGUGGAGUUGCUGGCCAUUGCCAGAAAAAUCAGAAGCUUCAUGUAUCAGUUGGCGGUGGUGGCGGUGGAGGAGGAGUGGAUGCAGCAGCUGGUCCAAGUUCAUUGAAUGCAUUUGCACCUUCUUAUCAGACAGCGUUUGGCAACAUUCCAGUGGCUCCUUCCACUUCCUCUGCCUCAUGUCAUCUAACUUCAACUUUUCAAGUUCUCAUCAUUGGAUCCGUGAUAGGUGCAUUGUUCUCUGCCUUUAUGUAAAAGCUGAGGAGGAGUAAGUCAAUUUUUGGAAAGAUUUCUAGAUUCUGAGGCAUAAAAAUCAAUUAUGGCGAAAAACAUAUGUGAGUAGCUUCUGAGUGCUUGAAUUAAUUACGAGUAAAGAGAAGCUGAUGCGAAUUUGUUUGUUUUUCUUCUCUUCUUCCUUUGAAUUCUUUUUCCCUCAAUGCUCUGUAAUUAAUUCUUUAUGUUGAUUCAUUUUGUUGGAUUUACCUGCUAUAUUGUAAUUUUGCCAGCAAUGUAAUAUUUUAUGAUUGAAGUUUAAAGACUUCUGUAAUACAUACAUCUUCUAUGCUA